GAAAAAUGGUGGAAGACAAUUACCGGUAACGCACUCAAACACUCGAGAGGGCGUCACUUCCUAGAUAUCCAUUAUCUCCGUUAGACUUUGCCUCCGUUGCGCCGCCGACGCGGGCUCGCCAAGUCUGCAUUUCAGCGUGUAUUCUUGUGCUCUUUCUCUCUCUCUGCUUCCUCUGUGUUGACAGUGAAACGAAUGUGCACGUGGGUGUGAUAAACGCGCGAGCCGAACGACAGAACGUGCAUGCUGUACCGGUAUUGUCAUUGUGUAAGUACGCGGUCACAAGGUCACGGGUGAAACUGUGCAGCUAAAGGCGUGCGGCACGACUCUUCAGUAAAGUUGACAACUUGACAGUCCACAAGGUCAUAACUGAAGCUCCCUCCGAAUAACUUUUUUUAGUAGUUAAUUAGUGUUUAUAUUUACACAGUAAGUACGUGGUGAAAUGCUCAUUCAUAUCUAUACAUUGCAUAUACCACGAUAUGCUAUUUCAGAUUGUUGAUCGGCGGGUGAUUGUGUCGCAUGUCUCUACACUGCGAAUCUGACGACUGCUGCGAUGCUCGAAUUGCCCAUCUCAAACAUCAGUUUGAGAGCGCUCGCGCGAUGCUCCGUCAGAUGGAGCGUCUUCCCGAAUUGUCGACUCUGCUCGGAGCGUCAGAGCGGGCAAAAUCGUCGAAGUGCGGGAACACGAGACUAUUGGGAGGUGAAAAUGGUGCUGAAAAGAAGGAGUCAAAGACAAACCAAACUGACAAAACCACGAGAACGACAAGCUGUGAAGUCGAGAAGACAUCAACUUCAUCACUUAACUUCCCACCGACCUCGUCUGUCACUGUGAGAGACAGCAGAGCUGCGAAAGCAAACAGCGGUGGCGAAUCAGACAACGGACACGUGACGCAAACAAAAUGUCCGACCCUAUCUCAUUCGACAAGAGAAAACGAUUCGCCGUCUCGCGUCCGUUAUUCGAAGAAGUCGAAACUAAAUCUCGUGACGAAAUCAAAGCAAGAAAAGGAAAUUGAUUUUACUAUGUCGGUGUCAAAGAAAGUGAAGACGGAGAGGUUAACGGACGUCGUAAUGGCGAAAACGCAAACAGUGGAAGGGAAGAAAGUCCACAAGCCAUACAAACAAAUGGAAGCCACAGUUGUAGACAGUUACGACAAAAAGGUCUGGACAAAUAAGGAAGCAGCAAAGGGUCCACCCAGGUCGACAAUGUCAGGCCUGACGACCCAUUGGUUAUCACAGUUUCCUGCACAUGAUGGAAGGCUCGUCUACAAUCAACUGUUAGGUGCCCGUCUUCCAGUCGACUUUGCUAGAGUGUGUCCUGCUGUGCAGACUUCCCAAUUAGUCUACGGUCCCACACUGGUUGGUAGAGACGGGUUACCCUACAGAUACGUAUGGACGACGCCAUCUUGGAUGACUCACUAUCCUGAUUAUGCAAUGACACUUGACAACACCAACUUUCGUUUCCGUCAUCCCAUACACAAUCACGGUCACUUGACAGGUGGUUUUCCUAGCAACAUAUCAACAGACAUGUUACAAAGGCAGCCCAAUCUCAAAACUGAGUAAGUGCAACAUCCUGGCUUCUUUCUGGAGGUGGCACUCCAUUAUAUCAAGACGAAGUCAGUUAAUAUUAAUUAUAAAUUCUCGUUUAGAAUGACAUUCAAUCAGAUUGAAUACAAUCUUAGAUUUGCUUCUUAUAGUAACGAAGAAACUGUACCAUAAUAU